AUGCAGCUCUUUCGGUACAAAAAAUUGUAUAGCCCAUUUAAAGCCUUUUCUCGUCUUAUUUUGACCGAUGCCUAUGCCUGCACUGAAAAAUGGAAUAAUCGUUUUUCCUCAAGUACCUUUGGCGAUCUAUCCGCCGGUGACCUAGGUAUCCAAAUACAAUAUAGAUUGAACAACCAGGCUUCGGUCACCCCACUUGACUUUGAUAUUUUUGUAAAUAAAGUCCAGCAGUCGGAUACCAAUUUCCUUGAUUUUCUCGAAACCAUUGCAUAUAAAUUUCGUGAGACUCAAAAUUCGUUAAAAACUCUUUCCUCAACUCAUCAUGCGUUCGUUCGAAAUUAUAUUCAUCACAAUGAGAUACACCGAGUUCUUGAAGUUUUAAAGAACAGAGCCCAAUCUGGUAUUUUUUUGGACGAAGUUUCAGCAAGUAUCCUCCAAGAAAGUUUCGUCAAGAAGCAAGACUUCGUAUCUGCGCUUUCCGUGAUGUGGGAACUCUGCUUACAAUCUCAUCUUGAACAGGAACAACUCAGACCCUACUUAAGUGCUCUUUGGCUUCACACGGCGAAUGAGUUGUUCAAAUCUAACACCUUAUUUGAGCGUUCGGAAGUGAUUGAGGAAGAAGAAGAGGAAGUCGACAUGGAUACUGACUUCCAAAGCGUCCCCUAUCUGCGAAAUCCUAACUAUGAUGGUUGGUUUGAUAUAAAGCGGCCACGUCUCCAACUUGGUCAUUGUCUCUUUGCCCUCUCGAAUGCGAUCCAAAGUAGACUAUCUCCAAUAUUUUCACCAGCCAUGGAACUCAACUUGAAGAAUCUAGUUCCAAGACUACACCUCUUAGGCUAUGCACUUUUGGAAGAUUCUAAAAAGCUUCUGUCGUUUGCGGCCUCCUUGAACAAGCUGGAAAUCGACAGAGAUGUUUUAACCGUUGUGGAAAAACUAAUUGAAUCGAGCGAUCGUCGUUCCGACGAUUCGGAAAUAAAGAAGGGCUUCCCGAUACUUUUAACUGAAUCCGAAGUUACAUCUACUCUGGAACAAUUCAAGACGAUCACAUCUACCUUGACCCCCUCAGAUAAAUCAUUCCAUACCACUAUCGAUGAAAUCGUCAAGUCAAUCACCACAGAUCCCUCAAUUCAAUCAGCAGAGAUUGAGCUCGUGGAACGUCUUUAUUCAGACUUCGAGUGCACUCGAGCAGCCGUCUGGGAUAAUGAGGCCAAAUUACACCGACGUCGUGAGGUUAUUUCUACAGUCAAGAGUCGUCUUCGUUCUCUCGCCGAUGAAGAGGAACGCAUCAGCUACUUUGAGAAUGCAGGUACUGUUGAGCAUCAUGCUUGGUUGGCUCCUAGAACGCGUUCUGAACGUCAGUGGUCACGUCUAAAGGAGUGGAAGAAGGAUCUUAAGGAGUAUCAACAAAAACGUCAAGGUGGCCGUGACGCAGUUGAGGAUCUUUAA